AUGUCUGCUGAAGAUAACUUUGAGGAAGCCUGUGGAUCCUUGUUGGCAUCAAAGGCAAAACACAAUCCCUUAUUAACUGAGGAAGAUGAUGAAGACUUUUUUGAAGAUUGCAUGGAGGAGAUUGAGGCUGCCCUUACUCAUCCUGAAAAUUCAAUAACCUAUUCACAGAAAUGUAAGGAUGCAUUGCAUGCUGAAUUCAGUGGACUUAUGAGGCAGAUGCUAACACAGCUAGAUGACUUUGAAGCCACCCAUGAGACCCAGUCUACACCAGCUUUCUUCACAGACAGUGAGGAUAUUUUGAAAGAAAGUGCCUUUCAAGACACCAGCAAGUAUGGAAGCUGUAUUGCAGAGACAGCAGAAUUCAUGGCAGUAGAUAAGUCUGAUGACUAUAUGGUCGAAGCCCCACAGCUAUGUCCAACCAUGGAGAUAAAAGAGAUUGGGAAAACCUUUGAGUUCUGCAUUGAGGAGGUAAGCCGUCUAGAACGAAGAAGAGAGGAGUUAGUACAGGAGCUUCUGGAGCUGGAGAAGCCAAUGGAAGAGGAGGUUCAGGUGUUGAGGGGUAAACUGGGAGAGGCCCAGAAGCUCCUCAUCCAGUCCAGGCUUCAGAAGCAGAAUUUGCAUGCUGAGACGCUACUGUUUAAGAGACGUUUGUUUGCUGCUGCUAGAGACUGUGCACAGAGCCAAAUGGCACUGGAUAUACAGCAAAAAGAGGUGGAGCAGCUAAACCAAGAACAGGAGGAGAUUAAGGCCCAUGUUGUGGACCUGACUGAAGUAAUCACCAAGCUUCGUUCUGAACACCAAAGUCAACUACAGGCCCUGAAUGAUCAGAAGGACCACAUUACUCAGGAAUCCAGCAAAGACAAGACACACUCGUACCUGUCCCAGAGCCGACGAGCAUCCCAGGAUCUUCAACAGUAUCUCCAGGGUGAAAUCAAAGCCCUGGAGGAGUGGUAUGAGCCCCGACUGGUAGCCUUACUCAAGAGACAACAAAGCAGUGCUGAAGCUUUAAGUAAAUACAGAGAGCAGUGCCAGGAACUGAAAACCAAGCUUGAGCCCCUGAGAGACGAAGAGCAAAAGCUUGCACUCGAGAAGGCACGACUGGAGGAGCGCAUUUGUUUGAUGGAAAGACAAAGAAAGGAAAACGUAGAGCAAUAUCGUAAAACAAUAAAUCGUCUUGAGGAGAGCAGUCGAGAACUGAAAACUGAGCUUCAGCUACAGAUAAAAAAGAUCAAGGAGACAGAGGAAUUGAAAAACAGCCUGGCCAAGCAGCUAUUCUUAUAUAGGCAAAGCAUAGAGGGACAGCACUCACAGGAAAUUCCUCUGAUGGAAGAGAAACCUUGAACAAUGACAGCUCCUCACUACCAGUCAUGUUGUUUUGAGGUGUUUCUGAACUAUGCAGUACGGUUGGCUUGCUUUAUUCUUGUGUAAAUAUUACCGAAUUAAACUGUCACAUCAACAGUAUAAACAUGCAUGUGUGUGCACUUUACAAAUAUUCCAAAACAGGCAGUGGGCAACAUGACAUCCACCAGCAGCACUCAACCUCUGCAGUGUUCUAUCAUUGAAGAAUGUGUGACAGAAACUGGCCAGAUUUUUAUCUGCCCACUUUAAUGUCUCCAAUGUUUUAGAUGUACCUGCAGUGUUAACAGAGUGAGUCAGAGUGGACAAAAUAAAGUU